CACUCUUGGCAUGCAGAAAGGCGGAUCCCUCUCGGCUACUUUGCCUUUCGGAACUUCUUUUGAGCUUAUUUUUACCUGCCAUUCCUCGGCGGGUCACGCCAAAUCCAACACACAUUGCUUCCUUAAGUAUUAAAACGACCUUUUUUAUUCAGUCGACUUCUGCGACCGACCUCCUCGCGACAACAGCUGUAGCUUAGCUAACUUUUAACGCACUAGCAUUUAACUUGACAACCGCCUGCAGCGGGGAAGGAGCGAACACAGGAAGAUGGGAGAUCUGAUGUGGGCAUUGAAGACCGGGGAUCUGGAGGAGGUGGUCGCCAAACUGGUCACGGUCGAAGAUGUAAACCAGACCCUGGAGGGUGGGAGGAAGCCGCUCCACUAUGCUGCAGACUUUGGUCAGACAGAAGUGGUGACGUACCUAAUUUCUAAGGGAGCCGAUAUUAAUGCUCCGGACAAACACGGGCUCACUCCACUGAUCUCUGCCUGUUUUGAGGGUCACACCUCCUGUGUCAAGGUCCUGCUAGAAAAGGGAGCCGACAAAGACCAAAAGGGACCGGACGGCAUCAGCGCCUUCGAAGCCGCCGAGAACGACGCCAUCAAGGCGAUGCUCAAGUGAAGGCCCACGGCGUGGGAGGUGGCUGGACAGGUGGGUGGACGGACAGACGGACGGAUGCGGCGGUCCCCCCCCCCGACAGAAGACGGACUCUCACCCCCGAUCAACAUCUGUCCCAGCACUCUGCUUUGUUGUCUGUUUGUCGGAGGGUCAUGUGUCUGUCUGGGGAAUUUUUUCCUUUUACCUUUUUUGUUUGUUUUCCUUCCACACACACCCCCCCCCCCCCCCCCCAACUGUUUUUGGGGAUAGGAUUUUCUCUCGUUCUGGCCUCUGUUUGUAGCCAUUUAACAGCAGGACGUGUCAAUUAUGUCUCCCUUCCGGACAGACUUCUGGGGGAGUGCAUCUGGAUCCUAAAUCGCUGCUCUGACGAGACAUCACAUCCUGUCAUGCAAAGCUUACACCUUUAAACACACACACACGCCUCAUUUGCAGUUCUCUCUUGGAAAUCAAAUGGUAAUAAAUCAAUAGUGUGCUAAUAUUAAAAUGUUUCUUCACUCUUAAGUAUUGUAUGGCCAGGACUAAAUCUCAUGAAAUGCACAGUAACUGCACUGUACUAUACUCAAUCGAUUGAAAACAGUAAAGUGUAAAGUUGAAUAAUAUUAACCUUUCAUUGUUUGUGGCCUCUUUCUCCACCUUGAUUUAUUAUUAAAAAAAUGGUAAUAGAUCAAACUGUUUCUCCACUCCAAUCUUGACAUUUGCGAACACAUUGGUGGAGCGUGGUCCUGGGGUCGCUCGGCACAUCACGUACAUAUCAAACCGCGUUCCACUAUCUCCUGUGUUCCUUUGACGAAUCACCAUGCUGGCUAACUAGAAAGACUUGAAUGUUGCAGUUUUUUUUUAAAUCUGUUACUGAACCCCUCCAUUUCUUUUCUUUUUUUUCUGAUGCAACAAUAACAGCACAACAUAGAAUAAGGAAUUCUAGAAAUUUGUAAAUUUUGUCACCCCUGGAGUGAGAUUGCAGAGCGAUAAAUCCUUUUUUUUUUUUGCAGUUUCUCUAUGUGUUUUGUAAUUGACGGGCUCUGCAGGGCAAGUAAACGGGGGUCGAGUUGAAACUGGACGGUGGGGGCUGUUAGCGCCGCCCCCCCCCCCCAUGCCGUGGAUUUGGUUAGAAGCCCCGCCUCUUUUGCUGCAUGUCAAAACUGCCUUCUUUUCUGCUAAGAAACGGUCGCUGGUCCUCACUUGGUUGCUUUAAAAAAUGAAUUACUACUAUGUAAUGGACACAAAAAACAAAACAAAAAAGAUGCCCUUGCUGACUUUGUUGUGACAAAAGGUCUGUAAAAACAGAAAUAAAAAAAUAUCUAUAAAAACA